AUGAAGGAUGUCCAGGGGAGUUUCAUUCACGUGUCAAUGGAAUUGAGAGAUUGUUUUGAUCUACCCAUUUUGUCCUUAGGCGUCAAUUCUCCACCCCGCUAUCAAAAGCCAAACGUCAUCCUACAAAACCAUUCAGAAAGAGCACCAAGUGGUGCCACAGGGAAGCUUCUGCUCGCUCCUUGCCGAUCGCUAGUUCAUCAGCUCUUAACGUGGUGGCUACUUGCUGAUGCUUUAAGUACAAAUAUUCCAAUCACCCAAUUUCCUCUGCUAAGCAACACAUACAUCACAUUCUCAAUACGUCAUUUUCAUACCACCAAAAUGCCAGGAGAGAAGAGCAAAGCCGAGAUCAUCGCCGAGCGCGUUGCAAACCUCCCACUUCCAGAAGACCCUCCAGUAGCCUCAGACUGGAACUCCGCAAAUGCAAAUACAGUUAAUGUCAAGGCCGGUGAAAGACAAGUUGAACUCCCAAACAGCGCGGUUUCGGACACUGGAUUGGAGGGAGCGGCCACCAAGGGCAGUGGUGUCAGAGAGGCCGAUGGCGCUGGUCUGGGUAAUGUUGGAAGGGAAGGCAAGGACAACUUAGAUGGGUUGCCAAAGGAUGCGACGAAGAAGUAA